AGCGGCCUAAGGAAGCUCCAUUUGUGGCUCACGAGAGGUAUGGCUGGCGCACUCGGUCGGAGCGGCCUAAGGAAGCUCCAUUUGUGUGUUUGCGGCAAGGUUGGUCCAACUCCUGCGUGACGCGGCCGAGAGGGUCCCGCGCUGCCGCGUCCGGUGCUGGACCGAUGCACCCGACACCGAUAUCGGAGGAAGACCGUAUGAAAAUGUUGAUAGCAAAAUGCUUUGAGGACGGGUUAAUUCCGGAGAAGUUUUGCCACGGAGAAUGGAUAGUGGAAGGGGGAAUUCGUCUUUUUAAAGUGAACCCUGGGCUUGACGCCAUGGUCACUGCCUGGUUAAAAGAAAGAACCGUUAUAGUGAUCUUUCAAGGGGAGGCAAGGGACUUGCCGCUGCGGAUCAGAGAAGACUGGGUAAGGGCGUAUGAGAAUGGCUGGUACAAAGAAAAAGCGUUUGACCGUUCAUUUAGGAGGGGGAAAAUUCACGGAGAAGGCCCGAACGUCCUCUCGUACGUAGUGAAGAGAAGAGAGGUGGCGAGGUGGAUGAUUGCUAAGGGGGAAGAUAAAGUUGAAAUCCGGGGGAUUGAAUAUGCCAUGGUCUUCAAACCUUGGAUGACGAAGGCCGAGUUGGAAGAAAGGCGAAGGGUAGAGGAUGCAACCAAGUUCUGGGUGAUGGCUCUGAGACUGCCGCUUCGGGUGAUGUUCCACAUUGAAAGUAUGGUGGAAUCCUCGAUGGGGCAGAUUGUCAACUCUCUUCCUCUAGAACCAGAUAAGUCAAGACCAAAGCUCAUGAACUUGAAGUUUGAGCUGGUCCGAGAAGCGGAGGAUCGAUUCGAAGAAGAGCUCCCCAUCAAGUUGGACGACGACGAAAUUUACUAUAUUAAAUUCGCCUGUAAGAACACUCCGUGGUGUGAAACGUGCCAAUGGUACUUUCACACAGCGACAGAUGGUUGUCCAAGGAUGGGGGAAAGUCGACCAGAUCAACAAGCAGAACCGGACGUAAGAAGAGGGAACGAAAGAAGAGGGCGAGGAGGCGAACUGAACGGUGAAUUGAACGGGAGCUUCCGUGCGGCAGCCAGAGAUGUGCAACCAAGGAGAGCUUCUUCCCCAGACGCAGGUUCAUCGUCUCACGAAAAUCUUCGGGCUGGAGGAAUUCAACCUACGCCAACAGUAAGGCAACCCAUCGACCCAAAGGGCAAGGAGGUGCAUCAAGAGGAAGGCUUAGGAAGAGAAACCGAUGGAGUAAAGGAAAUCCACCAAGUAUUAUCAGGAGUGGAGCAGGGCAUUCCAGGUGGUUCUCAAGGACCGAGUGUCAGUGGAACGCACGCUGCUUCACCGAGCUAUAUCCGAGGAGGAGUCGAAACACAUCAAGGAGGUGCGGAAGGAUACAAGGAACGCUGGCUUAUGCCACUAGUCUGCACUAUGCAGGGACAAGAGAUCCACAUCAUUGGCGUGGUCAGCAAGGAAGGAAAAAUGGUGUUACCAACCCAGCAGAUUGAUGGAUUGGCGACCCUGGAGGUGAUUAUUCGCAAAGUAAGGGAACUGUUUGCCGAUCGUUUUAACUUCAGGGUCUGCCCUGAUGGACUGAUGCCGAAGCUUGAUGUGGAGCUUCCGAGAGGUAAACGUAUUCGCUACUCCAUCCCUCUUAUCGACGCUCACUUUGAGCAAGAUCAAUGGUUGAAUAUCAGCAGCGUAGGAUUGACGAGUGUCCCAAUUAAUGCGUUUGCUGACCCCUCCCAUGCUAUGCUGUCGCAGAUAGUGGUUGAUCCCGGAAUCCUGACCAUUGCCUUUCAAGAUCUGAGAAAUAAAAUGUCAUCUUGACAAAACUUUUUCUCAGAGCUGUUUGCAAGGAAUCUCAGCGAACCUUGGUCAUAUGGUUCGAAUGCUGUUUGUCAGAUGGCAAUUUCCCCAAACCGCAUCCAUCCUACAGGCGGUCCAUUAGGAGGAAAUGAAUAAAUUAAAAAUAG